AUCAAAUCCUAUAGAACAUCAGAAACAAGAGAGGCAGGAUGAGCACUUCAGGAAAAGUGAUUAAAUGCAAAGCUGCUGUGCUAUGGGGCCUGAAACAACCCUUUUCCAUUGAGGAAAUUGAAGUUGCUCCACCAAAAGCCCAUGAAGUUCGAAUUAAGGUUACAUCUUCAGAGAUCUGUGGUUCAGAUAAUCAUGUACUAGAAGGAGACUUCAAAUUACCUUUACCUGUAAUUUUGGGACAUGAAGGAGCUGGGAUAGUGGAAAGCAUUGGAGAAUGUGUGAACAGUGUGAAACCAGGAGAUAAGGUCCUAAUAGUUUUUCUACCCCAGCGUCGAAAAUGUGACUCGUGCUUGCAUGCCAAGGGCAACUGUUGCUUGAAGGAAGAUGUCAUGCCUUGAGUUGGAUUGAUGCUUGAUGGUACCAGCAGAUUUACAUGCAGAGGAAGAAAAUUGUACAACUUUUGUAGAACAAGCACAUUCACUGAAUACACUGUGGUGCAUGAGAUUUCCGGAGUAAAUAUUGAUGAGGCUACACCUCUGGAGAAAGUCUGUUUAUUAGCCUGUGGAUUCACCACAGGUUAUGGAUCUGCUGUGAAGAAAGCACAGGUUACCCCUGGUUCCACCUGGGUUGUCUUUGGGCUCGGAGGUGUUGGCUCUUCAGUUGUCCUGGGGUGCAAAACAGCUGGGGCUGCCAGGAUCAUUGGUGUUGACAUCAAUGAAGAGAAACUUGCCAGAGCAAAAGCUAUCGGAGUUACUGAUUGCCUGAAUCCUCAAAAUUUCAAGAAGCCCAUCCCACAGGUGGUGGUGGAAAUGACUGCAUUUGGUGCUGACUUUAGCUUUGAAGCUAUUGGGACUAUCGAUACCAUGGUUGCUGCUCUGGAAUCCUGCAACCCAAGCUAUGGUGUCUGUGUAAUUAUUGGAGUAGCACCUGAAAAAUCCCAGCUUGCCUUUGACCCAAUGCAACUACUGUCUGGCCAGACUCUGAAAGGGUGCUUGCUAGGAGAUUUUAAAACCAGAGACCAUAUUCCUUUAUUAAUGGAUGAUUACAUGAAAAAUAAAAUUAAUCUGGACCCAUUGAUAACCUAUAGGCUGCCUUUCCUCAAAGUCAAUGAAGGGAUUGAUCUUCUCCGAUCAGGAAAAAGUAUUAGAAAUGUUUGGGUUCUGAAAUUAUUACCAGGGUAUGUGCAGAGGCAAGAGUUCACAGAGGGAUCUCUGCUGGAUGGCCUCUAUUGGGAAAUGUGGUACAGCAACAGAACAGGAGCUGAAAACCGUAGUUUCAUUUACUAUGAGAACCUGCUAUUGGGUGUACCUCGAAUCCGUCAAUUAAAAGUCAGAAAUGGGUCUUGCUCUAUUCCUCCAGACUUGAGGGAGGAGAUUAAAGAAUGCUAUGAUGUCUAUUCUGUCAGUGAAGACAUCGCCCUGGGCAUGGACAGGGAUCUCGAGCCCACUGACCUCACUGAGCAUCUGCGCGGAUGGGGGCAGUGCCCUCGGCAUGGACAGGGAUCUCGAGCACAGGCUUGGACCUUGAGUGGGUACCCAGUGCGGACUGAAGCGGGGCUGUGGAGGCAGCACCCUGGGACUGCUGGGGGAGUCUCAGGCAGAGGGGCAGACCAGGGACGACCAGGAGAGUCGACCACAAGAGCAGGGAGAUCUGAGCCCUCCCAAGCCCAGACAGCACAGACAGACCCUGAGUGUGAAGACAAAGCCGAGAAGGGGCUGAGCUAA